UUGUCACGUCGCCGCCCGUCUUUUGAUUGCGUGGAAGUUUACACUACCAUGCAGUACUACGGCAUAGCAAAAGCACGAGCAGGCCCCGCAUGUCAGUGGGACGAGGUGCACCGACCAAGCUAUAGGCCUGACCCAUCCCAUGUCCAAGCACCAAGCUGCUGCUAGCCCCCUUCCCGCCUCCCCUUCCUCCCGCGCUCUUCACCAGACCAGCUGGUGCUAGCUGUCUCUCUCCUCCUGUCAUGUGACCGGCCUCCCCACUCCCUCAGCUCAGCUCAAUCCUCGCUCCCACCCUCGUCCCUAUCAUUCCCGUUGCGGCAUUGCCCCAAUUUAGCGCGGGGAGCCGACCUCCCCCCCUCACCGUCCAUCCACGCUACCCGUCCGCCAUUCUCGCUCCGCAGCGGCGGCACGGUGCCCCGGCAGCGGGAGCAGCAAAACACGCGAGCUAAAAACGGGCAGCGCGCGCGCGAUCCCCGGCACCCGCGCCCGUCGGCCUUACAUUGCCGCCCGGGCCCUCGGCAUUGGGGGAGGUUCCGGCGUUGCGCCGUCGUUCCCGCGUGUUGCGUUGAUUCCACGAACCAACGCGCGGCGCGGGGUCCCGGCCAUGGCGCAGCUGCCGCCCAAGAUCCCCGCCAUGGCGCCGGCAUGGCCCGAGUUCGGGGGCGGGCACCACCACCACCAUCACCAGCGCAGCCCCUCCGUGGGCACGUUCCUCGCCGCGCCCAUGCCGCCGCUCCCCCCGCCGCAGCAGCACCAGCAGCAGCCGUCGUGGGUCGAGGAGUUCCUCGACUUCACAGCCGCCAAGCGCGGCGCGCACCGCCGCACCGUCAGCGACUCCGUCGCCUUCCUCGAGCCCGGCCCCGACGACGGCAAUGCCGGCGUCGGGGCGCACGACUUCGACCGCCUCGACGACGACCAGCUCCUGUCCAUGUUCUCCGACGACCUGCCGCCGCCGCCACAGCAGCAGGCCGCUCCCGCGCCCGCGCCCGUGGCGAGCUCGUCGUCGCCGUCCGACCACAACAGCAUCAAUGACGAGAAGACGGACAGGGGCGAGACCGAGGAGGCGCAGAGCAACUGCCACGGGGACGCCGCCGCCGUGCCGGGGCAGCCGGCCUCCGCCGCCGCAGUUGAUCCCAAGCGCGUCAAGAGGAUCCUGGCGAACCGGCAGUCCGCGCAGCGGUCGCGCGUGCGCAAGCUGCAGUACAUCUCGGAGCUGGAGCGCAGCGUCACGUCGCUUCAGACGGAGGUGUCGACGUUAUCCCCGCGCGUUGCCUUCCUCGACCACCAGCGCUCGCUGCUGACGCUGGGGAACAGCCACCUCAAGCAGCGGAUCGCCGCGCUCGCGCAGGACAAGAUCUUCAAAGAUGCUCAUCAGGAGGCGCUGAAGAAGGAGAUCGAGAGGCUGAGGCAAAUCUACCACCAGCAGAGCCUGAAGAACGCCGAGUCGUCCCCGACUGCCGACGCGGCCCCGAUCCGCGGCGACAAGGACCUGAUCGCCAGCGAGGGGACCGCCGCGCCCUGCCCGCCGCCCUCGUGAUGCGGAGACCAUGCAUCCAUCUCCGUCCGGUCGCUGUAGUGGGGGGGAGGUGGCCUCCGCCUGUCGCCCAUGACAACGAGCGGUGCCGCUGGCUGCUAGGAUCGGUGGCGCGGUUGCUUGGGUUUGUGCAUUCUUUGGGGGUGUAAUCGUGAUGUAAAGGAGAGACUCGAUUGAUUUGGUUUUGUUCAUUCUCGCAUCCUCCGCUGCUGGCUGCCUGCUUCUGCUCCUUCUUCCACCUCCCUGAUUUGUAAUUUUUUGUUUGGGCGUUUUGGGCGAAGGUCGUAGGUAAGAGAGAUCAAAUGUAAUUCAGAUUGGUUGAGGUCGAUUUGUGUGUUUGGGGUGGUUUUGUAUCUGAUCAUUCGAAAGAUGUAUGUUCCCGGAACGAA